CUUCCAACAUAAAGGUCCGCUGAGGCAAGCAGGAAGAAUCAUACGUCGCUUGGAGCUCCGCGCCAGUCGUCGUGGGAAAGGAAGCCCGAGCCUUGCUGAGAACAUGAACGAUUGGAUGCCCAUCGCCAAGGAGUAUGACCCGCUUAAAGCUGGCAGCAUCGAUGGCACCGAUGAAGAACCACAUGAUCGCGCGGUCUGGAGGGCAAUGUUGGCACGAUAUGCCCCCAACAAAGGCGUCACAGGGGACCCCCUCCUCACCCUGUUUGUGGCCAGACUAAACUUGCAGACCAAGGAGGAGAAGUUAAAGGAAGUAUUUUCCCGCUACGGAGACAUCCGGCGGCUUCGGCUGGUGAGGGACUUGGUCACAGGCUUUUCCAAGGGCUACGCCUUCGUCGAAUACAAAGAGGAGCGUUCUCUGAUCAAGGCCUACCGAGACGCAGACGGCCUGCUUAUUGACCAGCAUGAGAUAUUUGUGGACUAUGAACUGGAAAGGACUCUCAAAGGGUGGAUUCCUCGGCGACUUGGAGGAGGUCUGGGGGGCAAAAAGGAGUCUGGGCAACUGCGAUUUGGGGGGCGGGAUCGACCUUUUCGAAAACCCAUUAAUUUGCCAGUUGUUAAAAACGAGCAGUAUAGAGAGGCAAAGCGGGAAAAGAGGGAGCGAUCUCGAUCCCGAGAAAGGCACUGGGACUCGAGGACGAGGGAUCGAGACCACGACCGGGGCCGGGAGAAGAGAUGGCAGGAAAGAGAGCCAGCCAGGGUGUGGCCUGAAAGUGACUGGGAGAGAGAGAGGGACUUCAGAGAUGACAGGGUCAAGGGGAGGGAGAAGAGGGACAGAAGUAAGUAGAGGCUCACCACCACCACCUCCUUUCCUCGAGUCCCAGCCUGAGUGAGCGCAGAGCCAUCUGCAUGGCUCUUAUACACGGUGUAAGUCCAAUGCUUGAAUAAAACUUGGUGGUGAUAAUGGGGUUUCGAGUAAGUUUUCUUUCUAAUCUGUAACCCAGGUUCAAGCUGAACCUUGUGAGUUUCUCUUCAUCUUAUAGUUCAAUGGACACGUUAUUUAAUAAGCUUGAGCAACAAUGUUGUACUCGCUGGGAUCUGUAUGGAAGGGCAUGUGUCAGGAGCCACCAUUCUCAUUUAAUUCGGCAGUAGAGAAUUUAAGAAUUUGAUUUUCUCCCAUCUUGGAAAUGACCAUUUUGAGGGCUUGGCAAAAAGAGGUGACGACCAAAAAUCAUUUGCGUUGCUCUCAGACUCCUGGGGACCCGAAUCUGGCCAGAAUAAGUUGUAUUUUUUCCAUCUUCAUAAUGCAAGGGUCUGCUGAAUUGAAAUAAAAAUGGGAUAAAAAAGUGAAUCCAAGGAGAAUGUCCAGAGACUCAAUACCAAAGCCGGCCUGAGCAGUGAUCUGCCUCAGUGACCAGCACUCUUGAACAAAUGUAACUCCAUUCUGGAUCCAAAUGCUGACUGCCUUGUUUCUUUCCUUUUUUGGUGGGGAGGCUGGCAUUUAAAAUGAAAAACCAAAGUUGCAGGGCUACGGGGCUAUCUAUGGUCUAUGGAAUCUUCCAGUGCUUUAAAAAGAUAAAGCUCAAAAGAAUGACAGGGAAAUGAAGAUGAAGAGAAAUCAGUGGAAGGUUUGUAUCUGGUUCUGAUGGAUUGAUUUGUCUUUCUCUCUUGAUCAUCCAGCAUCUGGUUUGUUUGAAAGCUGGAUACAGUGACCUAACUUCUGAGGCCUUUGGAGGAGUACCUUACUGUUCACAUGGUUUUCAAAAAAGUGACACUUAGCACUUUUGUUUUAUCAAUGGCUAUAUCUUUGAAAGUUCAGGUUCUUAAAAUUGACGAUGUUUCAUGCAAAAUAAAUGUCUGAUUUAGUA